AUGUGUCCAUCUUGUAGUAAUAUAACUAAACGUAAACGAUCGAAUGUCAAUACGCCUGUCCAACAAACGCUUGUACCACGCGUAGCGAAACCAUUGAAUUCGCCCCUUGAAAAUUCAAGUUGUUCAUCAAUCGAUUCGCAAUUAUUUUCCUCAAACGACGAAAAUCUCGUCACCGUGGGUAAAAUUUGUACCUUAUUGGAUAAAAAACUUAUUAAUUAUCUAUCGGAUUUCGUGGAAAGUUUUAGAAAAGCAUUGAAGGAUGACGUCAAAAACCUAGUUCAAGCUGAGGUGGACUCAGUCGUGCAACAGCUUAAAGACGACUUUACUGUAACCACUAACUUUAUAUGUGAUGAACAGUCUUCCCUAAAGCAAGAAAUUGAAAAUAAGAGUCACAUAAUAAAACACCUAGAAUCUGAAACUCUUCAAUUUCAAAAGGAGAUUAAUGUUGUGACCAAUCGUUUAACAUCAAUCGAAAAAAUUUCCCGUAGCAAAAAUUUAGAAAUUCAGUUAGUACCAGAAAGUCGAACUGAAAAUCCUAUGCUGUUAUUCCGCAACCUGUAA